GGGUCAGAACGGCCCCCCUUACGAGGGGUCGCCGCCGUUCAAGCGCCACCGCCUGCCGAGCCCGUCCUCCUCGGUGCGCGUACAGCCGGCGUACCAGAACGGGCCGGACCAGGGCCGGUUUGUCCUGGGGACCAGUCAGUACGCCACACCGGUGUACGCAGUGCAUGGACAGAGAACACACCAUGGACAGAAAAAAGCUGAGGCUGCUCACAAGAUUCUGGAAGGACUUGGUCCCAAGAUUGACCUGGCACCAAGCCAUGAAGAAGAAGCUUCUUCUGUACUUCAAGAGAAGACACCACAUGAGGAAGUUAAGGCAAAAGACGCCAAAGUGCGGGAAUUUUACGAGAAGAUGUUUCCAGAAAUUCGCAAGCAACGAGAGCAGCAGGAACGAUUCUCCAGGGCGCAUUCCCCAUGUCCGAAUGCUGUGAGUUGGGAACAACCAACGAAUCAGCGCUCAAGUUUUCGCAGCAAGGUUCAAAGUGCAAAGAACGGUGAAAGGAGGACCGGAGCGCGGGGCAGCAGCUUCGCGGCGACUGUUGCCAGGAGUGAUGCUGAGAUGGCUGAGAUCAUGGACAGUCUCAGUGAGCAGGAGAACAACGAGCGACAGAUGCGACAGUUGGCGGUGGUUCCUCCGAUGAUGUUUGAUGAGGACCAGCGAAGAAUCAAGUUCAUCAACAAGAACGGGCUGAUCAAGGACCCCAUGAAGGAGUACAAGGAACGACAGCUCAUCAACACAUGGACCGAGGAGGAGAAACAGAUCUUCAAGGAGAAGUUCAUCCAACACCCCAAGAACUUUGCUCUCAUUGCCUCGUAUCUGGACAGGAAGAGUGUCUCUGACUGUGUGCUGUACUACUAUCAAAGCAAGAAGAAUGAAAACUACAAACAACUGAUGAGAAAACAAGCCCUGAAGCGCAAGAGGCCCUUCGGGAAAGGACAGCUUCACAGAGAAGACAAAGAUAUGGACCAGGAUGAGAAAAGUAGGGACAAGGAUGAUGAUGAUGAUUCAGCUGAAGAUGAAGAGAGGGAGAGACCAGAACGUGCCACCUCCAAUGACGUGCCUGAUGAUGGUUCAGUCACCAAGUGCGUCAUCUGCGGCGAGAUUAUCGACAACUACAGCGAGACGCGUCCGAUCACGCGGAACCUGGCAGAGUUCUACGGUCUGACGGAGGAGGACAUGCGCCCGGCGCACCGCAUCUGCAGCAAGUGCCGUUGUCGCUCCGUGCGCAAACGCUGCCCAGUUCCCACCUGUAAGACUCCCAAGAGGAAGGUGAAGAGACUGAAAACACUUCCAACUAAACUCAACGAGCUGCCAGCAGAGCAGAAAGAACCAGUCAUGCAGGAGUUCGGCCUGACAGAAGAGAUCAGUAAAUGCUGUGCCACGUGUUUUAACCGGAUCGCGCGCCGCCUGGGCGGGGAACCGGGCACAGGCGACGAGGACACAAAGGAGGCUCCAAGUGCGUCUGAGCAAGUGGAGACCUCCCGUUGGACGGAGGAUGAAAUGGAGGUUGCGAAACGCGGUCUGCGAGAACACGGGCGGGACUGGGAGGCCAUCUCGGAGAUGGUGAUGACCAAGACGCCGGCGCAGUGCAAGAACUUCUACUUCAACUACAAGCGCAAGUUUAGUCUGGAGACACUCGUCAUGGAGUACAAACGGAACAAGGCUCAAAGGGAGCGUGACAUCUCCAUUUCUGCUGAGAGUGCAGCGUCCACUCUUACUGCUGAGUCAGAAAACGAGGCUGAGUCUGAAUCUUCUAGUGAUGAGGACAACACACAGGACAAUGAGGAGGAGGACAGUUCUGACACGGAGAGUGCCUCGGAAGACGGCCGUGAUGACCCCAACAAGCAGUCAGCUGAGUCAGGCAAGCCCAAACUGGAGGUGAAGGCAACCGUAGCCAGGGAGGAGCCGGGGGAGAAAAAGGUUACCGCAACAACCGUCACCUUACCACAGGAGCCUCUUCCACAAGUUAAGGUUGAGAAGGACAAGCCGGCUGAAGUGAAGGCACCGCCGCCGCCAGUUCCUGUUGUGGAGAUAAAGGAAGAAGACAACGACAGCAGUGCGACAUGUAGUGCAGACGAGGGUGGGGGGGAGGGAGAGGGCGUCCCUCAACACAGCGGCGGCAGCUUGGGCAAAACUUCUGCCGCACCUGUGAGCACGGCUGACGUCAAACCCAUCAUCUCCACCAGCAAUUCUGGGAGUGUUGGAGAGAGAGUGGCCGGUGUGGUGUCUGCUGGGAAGACGGUCCCGCCUUCAGGCAUCGCGGCAACCUUCCCAGCAUCCUUUAUCCCCCCGCCCAGCACGAUGGUCACAGGACCGCAUAGUCGGCCAUCGCUGCAACAGAUGGUGGCAAGGCAUGCACAGAUCCCGGGGUUCGCGGAAACCCGGGAGGGGCGGGACCGUCCAAGGUCCAGCUCGCCUCAUGUGCAGCGAUCUCCCAUCACGCCACCGUCGCGCGCCGCCCACAUCCCGGUCACCAGCCCUCUCACCAUCGACACACGCAUCGGCGUGGUCAUGGGGCAGAGGAGCGAGGGCCACGAGCACGAGAAGGAACGAGCCACCGCGUCCGCGUCCCCGAGAGUCGGGCGGCUCGCCCCCCACGGUCUGGUCCCGGUGACAGAGGGUCUCCCGCACCAGUCGUCCAUGCCGGUGCAGAGCAAGCCUGGCUUGCCCCCGCCGCCGCCUCUCAUAUCGAAAUCGUCCUCGCCAAAAGGCAAGGGGCCACAGAUGUCACCGCAGUCUCAGCACCCCAUGUACCACACAGGUUCUAUCACCAGAGGCAUCCCCAUGUCCUACGCUAUCCAUCCAGCCAGCAUGCCUGGAGUUGUGCCACCACCACCUCCGUCUAGCCGACAGGAUGGGGCAGAAGGGAGGAGGGGGGUCAACGAGGGGUCCAUCAUCCAAGGUACCCCGAGGAAACACGACGGUUUGCUGACCGCGGGAGAGCCGAGGAGAAUCGAAGGGUCGAUCACAAGGGGAACUCCGGUUGUGUCAUACGAGAGUAACAUCUCACGAGUGACGAUGCAAGGAGAGGGGAUGCGGAAAUACCCAGUGGUCGAAGAGGUGAGCCCACGGGGAGGGUCCAUCACGAAAGGGACGCCCGUGCGACCGCCCGAGGAGGUGUCCCCGCACGCGCCGUACGAGCGACGAGAGAAGACGGGACAGGAGAUGUUCGAGGGGCUGAUCCAGCGAGCCAUCGCCGAACCCAACAAGGCCGACCAGAGAGGUCCGGUGCCUCCGCCGGGAACAGCUAUCUACCGUGAUUCCCGCGGCAUCCCCAUCCACCCCUACACCGGCAUGCCCAUUGACUACCCUGUAUCUACCGUGUACGGCGGAGCAAUGAUCCGCGGGACCCCCACGUCACGAGCCGGAUCCAUCACCCAGGGCACCCCCAUGCACGCCCACUCCGAGGGCGUGAACAGGGGGCUCCAGGUGGACACGCUGUCGCGAUCCUCCCCUGGUAGAGCCGAGCACCCUUCGCAUGCUGAGAGAAGGGAAGGGCCGUACAUCCAGGGUACUCCCGGGCGAUCUGACAGCCCUGCCAGGCGCAGAAGCACGCCGCAGAAGGACGAGAGCCCCUCGCCGAGGGUGGAGGCUUCCCUGUCGCGCAGCACACCCACGGUUAUACACCAGGGCAUGAGGAUGGGAUACGAGAGGGAGAGAGAGAGGUACGAGGCCCACCACCGUGCCGCCAUGGAAGGGAAGAAGUCUCCCGCGGGGAUGGAGAAACCCAUGAAAUCUCCAGCCGGAAAACUGGAGCCCGGGUCGAUCACCCGGGGAACCCCGAUGUACCACGGGCGCGACCGCCCUCCCUCCUCCGGUCCAGACGUACCCCGUAGUCCUCGGGACAGCGCGAGUUCCGGCGCGAUCGACCUGACGCGUGAUUCGCCCGUUGACAUGACGACACGGCCCGGUCGCGAGCCGCCACCUCCGCACGGGAGCAUGCCGUAUCCCGGGCGUACACGGAAGUCGCCGCUCCCCGGCUACGUCAGUCCGUACCAGGGGAUGGCCGAAACCCGCGCGACGCUCAUGGCGGACUUCCUCACCUCCCAGCAGAUGAGCGCCGCGCACGCCGAGCAGAGUCGAUCACGAGAACGGACCCCGGCCGAAUACGCCGCUUCAAAAGAGACGCGUCACUCCCCGCGCAGCCCACGAGACAAGCGGUACUCGCCCCAACAACACCGCCCGCCCAUGGAGCACCCGGCCGUCCACCACCCCGGCAUGUUCCCCCACCCCCCGGGCAUGAUCACGGACCCCCAGGGGAGGGUGAUGUUCGUCUACCCGGGGAUGUUUCCCGGGUACAUCACGGACCCGUCCUCCCUGAUGCAGAGAUCCAGCGCCAGCACCCCCCCUGUCUCGGUGGAGGGGUAUCAGUACCCCCUCUCCGCGUCCUGGCCACAGAUACGCCCGGGGAUGCCCACACAGAUUAUGGCAGGAUACCCUGUACCGCCACAGCAUGCACAGGUGAGCCGUCAGAAUGUGAUCCAGCACAGCGCCGCGCACUUCGAGGGCGGAGGCUCCAUCACGCAGGGGACGCCCAUCAAGCCGCCUGUGUCCGGUGCUGAGGUCAGCAGCACCUCCAGGCCUGGGGAGGGGUCACGUAGCGCCAUUACACCUCCAGGACCUCGUUCUACCAGCAGGGGCAGUGCUCCGCCCCAGUCUCCAGAGAAAGGCCACAUAGUCCCGGGCUACCCGAUGAUGAUGGACCCGCAGCAAGACCGCCGAUCGCACGUCCGCCGGCCUUCCGAGCCGCCCGAGCGGCCUCCGCCCCAGGCCACGGUCCACCCACAGAAGCGCGCCGACCCGGUCCACCCUGGGGACCGUAACCCUCGCGAGUCGCCCAUGAUGAAGUACCGCGUCGGGAGGGAUCCGCAGGAGGGAAGGAGCUCGCGUUCGCACACCCCGGGUAGCACAGAGCCGCCGUCCAAGUCACCCAUCACCUCCCCCUCACAGAUCCUCUCCAUCUCGUUUGAGAAGGACAAGCCGGUGGAGCAGCCUCCUGCACAGGGCGGGCAGGGUCCGCUAACGGCGGCAAAUCUCAUCGAUGCCAUCAUCACUCACCAGAUCAACUCUUCUGCAACCAUAUCGGGUGACGGCAGAAAGGAGCCAUCGGCCGACGUACAAGACCCGGGUUCGCGCGGCCCUCCCCGCGGCCGGGUGUCCCCCGCGCCCCGUCCCAGCCACGCGCCCCUACAGGGUGAGGGUGGCCGUAUCCGCGCCCCGGUGUGGCAGCUUCCCGAGGCGGACCACGGGGGCUCAGCCCGGGAGCAGAGUCACGGGCGUAGAGAGAGCCAGGAGAGCUCGGCGGCGCCGGAGGGACCCGGGAACCAUUACGGCCCACCGGGGAGAAACACUGUCCACGCUGACAGCACCACCAGCAGGCCUACCAAGGUGCAGCAGAUCACCCUAGGUGAGCACAUCUCCAACAUCAUUCACCAGGAUUACAGCCAGAGACCGGGACAGAACGCCAGCCCGGCCCCCACCCCUCUCCACCGUCCGCAGUCCACGUCCAGUCUCACCCGGUCACCGGCCGCAAAGGAGAGGGAAGCAGCCAUGCAGCGUUCAAGGACGCCCGAUGCUCGCUGCGGCUCGGAUUCCUCCCGAAGCAACAUCGAUGUGGAGCCGAUUUCUCCGCCUGCGGGCGAUGGACAGGACUCGCAACCCGGAUCCGAACCGUGGCAGCCCCGUCCGCAGGACAUCCCGACACCCAGGGGGCAACCCCAGCCCCCGUACGGGCGCCCCCCUCCCGGCGCGAGCCCUGCCUGGGGAGCCAAGCGGGCGUCCCCGAGAGUUGGCACCAACCUGGAGGACAUCAUCCGCAAGGCUCUGAUGGGGGAUGACGAGGAGACGGAAGGAGAAAAUCCUCAGCAGCAGCCGAGGCCGAGCUCCACGCACGCAUACGGCCAGCAGAUCCACCAGGUCUCCUCAGCAUCCUCCCCGAGGGACGGAUCCAUGCAGAGCCGCAUCCUCCGCCAGCGCAACGACAGCGAGACAGAAACCGAGUCGGAAACAGAGACCAAAGAGGCGCCGCCCGUAUCGGCGGACCGGAGCCGGUCACCUCGCAGCUAUCCCCCGAAGAAGAAGCACUCGAUGUCGUCCGAGGGGGCUUCUCCCCGCGGCCGCCCAGACAUGCCCGGCCCGGCGGACAUGUUGGCGGCGCAGAAAGCGGAGAUGGCGGCAGCCGGGCGCCUGCCGACGCCAGAACGGUCCCGUCUGUCCAGUGCGGCCACUCCGCCCCGGUCAAGCCCUCGCCCUUCGUCAACCGACGCUCCAAGCGCUUCUUACCCCUUCUCCGCACUCUUCUUAAGAGGAUCCAUGGGGCCUUCCUCGUCCCCUCUCCCCCCAACCUCCGCAGCGGCGCAGCAGGGUCUGCCCCCGACGCCAGGCGGCGAGAUGCCGCACGAAGCCGCGCAGAGGACGGCCCCGUCGCCUGCAACAUCCACCAGACACGACGGCGAGCCGGCACCGCUCCUAUCCUCGCAGUACGAGCCUCUGUCCGACACCGACGAGGAAUCGUAAACUGGUAUCAAUGGUGUGAAGGCCACACCAAUGUUACUCUUUCCUGGUUGUCAAAUUCUAAA